GUAAUCUUGUUACCUUUGGUGAAAUAGUCAUGAAAUGUGAGGAAAAUUGAUUUUUUUUUUACAAAAAGGAAAACAGAAAAUAUAUACAACUGGAAACAAUAGAAAGAAACGAUAUCUAUUCAUCACAUUAUCAGAGUAUCAUUACAACAUAUUUAUGUAUAAGGCGUAUAUACAACACACAAACAAACAUACACACACAAACAACUUUUACAGAUGAGUAAUUAGUUGAGACGUGUUCUCUAUGCAAAAAAAAGCGAGGAAAAUGUAAGAAAAAAGAAAUCAAAGAGGAGAACUCAAUUUGCCAUGAACUCUCAGAUAAUAUAAUAGAGUACAUAGAGCCUUAACAAAACACUAAUAUCAUGAAAAGACAAAUAUCCUGCUCCAAAUUUCAUUCAUUUACUAACUACUACUACUCAGCACAAAUGAGCUUGUACAAAAAAGGAACGAACUGGAAGGAUAAAACUGCGGGGGUGUCAUUGGAAUAAUAAUAAUUAUCGAUUAAUACUUUGCUGCUCCUAAACCUGCAAACAUACAUACAACAUACACUCAAGACAUAAAUAAUGCCAAAAGCAAUGACAGUAAUCAUAGUAACUGCCAUAUCCUCAUUAAAGGCUAUCUUGACUUAUUAUUUUUAUAUUAUGUUAUUCUACUCAAUGGUAUUGAGUGCUCGUCAGUACAAUCAACAGCAGCAGCAACAACAACCGCAACCGCAACAUGAGAUCAACUUCUCCUCAUCUACCUCAUUACUUCAAAGUUAUUCAGAUUUAUUUGCCCUAUUAAAUUGUACAGUGGAGUACAGCAUCCAAUUAGGCAUGAAACCAGAUAUCCAACAUAAAGCGGAUACAUUGUUACCGCAUACAGCACAAUCACCAGUGUUAAGUGUAGGCACUUAUCAAUGGAUUGAAUUAACUUGUACAUGUUGUUGUAUAUAUUCAGAUCUAUGGAAACGUAUCACUAACACAGAGUUAUUGCAAUCAGCAUCAUCAACAAUCAAUCCGACAACAACAACAACAACUAGCAAUAAUAAUGCUACUCAUCAACCCUUAGAGCAUCAUAAUAAUACAGAGAAUACAAGUAUGACAACAACAACAACAUUAUUGUAUAAGAUUACAUCAUCCAAUGAUCAUGUGAUCGCUUUAUCCCUAUCGAAAAAAACUCAUGCUAAUCGACACUUACAUCAUUGUGAUAAUACAAGUAUUAUUAAUGAAGGCAGUAAUUAUAAUAGUUAUUAUUAUUAUCAUAAUUCUAUUUGUACUACAUUAUAUAUUGAAGUGAAAUGUAAUGCACCGAAUGGAUUUUACGUGCAUGCAGAAAAUUUAGGUCAUAGUCAGAUUACGACAACAUUAAUAUGGAUGAAUAGUACAUCAAGAAAACAGGUGGAUAUGUUGACAAAAAUGUCUGAAUCGUUUGGAAUACUGGAUGAUCACCAGCAGUAUGAACAACAGAGUACUACGACGACAUCGACGAGCACGACGUCGACUACGACAACCACGACGACAACGAUAACAACAGUGACAAGUCCAGGAUAUAUGAAACAACAUCAAAAACAACUGCAACAACAAACUCAAUAUCAACUAGCCAAUAAAUUGAUCAGCAAUCCAUUGGAUUCAAAACAAAUAAAAAUUACUGAGGCAAAGAUCUAUGUACCUUAUUCUUCUUCAGAUUUACAAUAUGAUGACAAUAAUAAUAAUGAUUUAAAUGCGUUGAAUGGUACAUGGAAAACCUAUUUAUGGUUAACCAUAUUAUUAAGACCACAAAAAUUCUAUCUGGCUUCAGAUUGGAGUUCAGCUGUAAUAGCUUUUAUGCUUGCUCUAUCGGUUGGUUGUUGUGAUGAUCCAAUCUUAGUUAGAGAACAGUUGCAUGAGCCAAAAUCGAUAUUAUGUGGGAUAUUAUGUCAAUCACUUAUUAUUCCAUUGCUUGCUUUAGGUAUUGGAAUGGUCUAUGCUUUAGAUAUAGAUCAAGCCUUUGGAUUAUUUAUGAGUUCAACUAUACCAGCUGGUGGAUUGGCCUACUUACUAACUUAUCUAAGUCAUGGAGAUAGACAGUUAUCUGCAGCGUUAUCAUUAGUAUCAAGUCUAUGCAAUUUAGUGAUCACGCCAGUCUGGGCAAUGACAGUAGGCUGGUAUUGGUUUAAUCGUCCGAUAAAUAUUGGUAAAACAUUCGGCUGGUUAUUGCUUAUAGCCGCAGCACAAAGUUUAGGCACUUUAGUAAGAGGAUGUCGACCUGGCCUAGCACGUGCAAUCUUAACUUGGGUAACCAGACCACUCCUGUUAUUAUCUGGUAUACUGCUGGUUACCCUAGGAGUAUAUAUUAAUCAUUAUGCUUUCAAUGAAGUAACACAAAGCUUAAUUUUAGCCUUAUUAACACUGAUAACUUGUGGAUUUGCUGUUGGUUGGCUAGUAGGCAUACUGAUAAAACAAGGGUGUACAGGAUCACGAACAUUAUCUACAGCAUCUUCAGUAUUCAAUGGUCUAAUAUGCAUGCCAAUGCUUAGAACAUGUGUACAUGCACCAGAAGGUGAUUUGGCGGCUGUUGUUGCACUAUGGACAAUAUUUUUUGCACCUAUUCCACUCGCAUAUCAUGCAGCAGUUACAAUUAUGGAGAAAUGGUUAACAAGCUACUUACAGAAUAGAAGAAAGAAACGUGAAGAAGAAAACUGUAUGGCUGCUAUGAUCAGUGGGAAACAGCACGAGUUCAGUGCGACUUCUGUUGCUGCUGUAGCAGCUGCAGCGAUCGCAGUAACACCGGCUAUCGCAGCUGGAAACCAACAGCGAACCAGCAAAAACAAAAACUCCACGACAUAUUCAGAAGAGACAAUGAAUAAUGAUUACUACAAUGGAAUCAACAGUCCGCCAAUAACAACAACAACGACAACAGCGGCAAAGAAAACCUCUUCAGAUACUGUCACCACACCGACUAGUUCUAUGGAUCAUCCUUUAGACUAUGACAACUAUUUAGACACUUCUGGACUACAUGGAGUGCAUAACAUGUACAAUGACCAUUUCAAACCGGUUGAUGAUAAUGAAUUAAAGCAGAGUAUAUUGGCGGCUAACAAUGAAAUAAUGCUCAAUAGCUAUAAACAUAGACCGCCAACAGUCUUUGAAGGACAGCAAACACGUGUUAGAAGAGCUAAUUGGCUCACAGAUCCUAAUAAUCAUGUUAACAGCAAACAAAACAACAACAACAACCUGAAGAAAUGAAUGAAUCUGCAGAAACAGGACAUCUGAGAACAUCUCAGCUAAACGAUCGUAUAAAUGCUGAUUCACGAAUGUUCAUUGCGCAUAACAACAGUGAAGUCAUUUCAGAACAGCAAAACGAUGGUGAGUAUGCAUCCAAAACACGAAAAACAGGAUUAAAAAGAUCCAGUGUUCAGCCGACUGUAAAAAAUGCAGCAGAAAAAGAUCAACGACAUUCUGUUCAUGUAUCUCCACCAUAUACAAACCUGUGAUCCUUAUGAUUAUCAGUCAGAUUCAGUUUACAAAAAAAAAACGAAAGAGAACAUAAAUAAUAACGAGACUGGAAAUCACUGGUCAUAACUGUAGUUAGCAAACUGUAAAAAUAAGGAAGUGUUUGUAGUGUUAAAAUGGUUAAGUAGUUUCUCACAAAUAUGACUCUAUUUCUUUACUUUUUGCUGAGAAAACCACUUAUUUAAUUUCUUUCAGAUAAAAAAACGAUAUAUAUAUGCAUAAAUGCGCA